GCGCCGGAGCUUUAACACCGCCUUUCUCAUUAGCAUCCUUCCUCCUCCUCCGCCGCCGCUGACCGGGCGCUCCGAGGCAGAGGGGUGCAUGGCAGCAGCGACGGAGCCGCGGCGGCCCCGAGCAGCAGCAGCAGCCGCCGAGCCGCGCUCUGCUCCUCGGCAGCGCCCGAAGCAACUUUCUCCCUCCGCGGAGUGCGGGAGCGGGACGAUGUGAGCCCGCAACCGCCCCGGCGGCUGAGCCUCCUCGGCAACGCAGCGCGGAGCAGCGCGGAGCGGAGCCUCUCCGGCGGCGCGGACGCGGAACGGAGCCCACCCCCCCGCCGCGCCUCCCUCCCCGGCGGCGCCCGCAGCCCGGGGCGGGAGCGCGGAUGCGGCGCGGAGCCCGGCGGAGCCCAGCGCGGGGCCGGGGCCGGGCCCGGGCCCUGCGGGCGGGCGGCGCGGGGGGAUGCUGAGCCCCGCCGCCCGGCCCCGCGCCCGCCGCCGAGAGAUGCUUCUCGUGGUCGCCCUGUGGCUGGCGUGGCAAGAAGCGCCCGCGGCGCCGACCCCCGCGGCGGACGACAUCACCCGGGGAGUUGACUGGCUGAUGAAAUUUGGGUAUCUGCCCCCUCCGGAUCCGGUCACGGGACGGCUGCAGACACAGGAGGAGCUCACCAAGGCCAUCACUGCCAUGCAGAGGUUUGGGGGGCUCGAGGCGACAGGGGUCCUAGACGAAGCCACGCUGGAGCUGAUGAAGACCCCUCGCUGCUCUCUGCCCGACCUCACCACCACUGAGACCAGGAGGAAGCGAUUCGUGCAGGCUGUCACCAAGUGGAGCAAAAGGAACUUGUCUUGGAGAGUUCGCACCUUCCCAAAAGAAUCCCACCUGGGCCACGAUACCGUCCGAGCCCUGAUGUACUAUGCCCUGAAGGUCUGGAGUGACAUUACCCCACUGAAUUUCCAUGAAGUGGCUGGUAACAAUGCAGACAUCCAGAUAGACUUCUCCAAGGCAGAUCACAAUGACGGCUACCCCUUUGAUGGGCCUGGUGGGACAGUGGCACAUGCUUUCUUCCCUGGAGACCAUCACACAGCAGGAGACACUCAUUUUGAUGAUGAUGAGUAUUGGACCUUCCGGUCAUCAGACGCUCAUGGGAUGGACCUGUUUGCUGUAGCUGUCCAUGAGUUUGGCCACGCCAUUGGCUUGACUCACAUCUCUGCCAUAGAGUCUAUCAUGAGACCCUACUACCAAGGUCCAGUGGGGGAUCCUCUGAAGUAUGACCUACCUUACGAGGACAAAGUCCGAAUCUGGCAACUCUAUGGAGUCAGGGAAUCUGUGUCCCCCACAGCCAAGCCUGAUGUAAGCAAACCUGAUGACCACCCUGUCCUGCCAGAGCUGCCAGAGAACCGCUCCACUGUCCCGAUCAGGCGGGAUGUGCCUAACAGAUGCAACACUCACUUUGAUGCAGUGGCCCAGAUACGGGGAGAGGCUUUCUUCUUCAAAGGCAAGUACUUCUGGAGACUGACUCGCAAUAAGCACUUGGUCUCCCUCCAGCCGGCUCAGAUCCACCGUUUCUGGCGGGGCUUGCCGCUCAACCUGGACAGCUUGGACGCGGUCUAUGAGAGAACCAGCGACCACAAGAUCGUCUUCUUCAAAGGAGACAGAUACUGGGUCUUCAAAGACAAUAACGUGGAGGAAGGAUACCCACGGCCCAUCUUGGACUUCGGCCUGCCACUGGGAGGAAUCGACGCUGCUUUCUCCUGGGCCCACAAUGACAAGACUUAUUUCUUUAAGGACAAUCUCUACUGGCGUUAUGAUGACCACGAGCGGAGGAUGGAUCCUGGGUACCCUUCAGAGACCAUGCUGUGGAAGGGAAUACCAAGCCCUUUAGAUGAUGCCAUGAGGUGGUCAGAUGGUGCAAGUUACUUCUUCAGGGGCAAGGAGUACUGGAAAGUGCUGGACAGUGACCUGGAGGCGCAGCCAGGUUACCCACAGUCCAUCGCCAGAGACUGGCUGGUGUGCAGUGACAUGCAGUCCGACUCGCCCGAAGCGGCCGGGAGCAGCAGGACUGGGGCACGCUCCAAGCCGGGGCAGCACGACGAGAGCCGCUCCGAAAACGGCUACGAGGUGUGCUCCUGCACCUCGGCCUCCCCAUCCCUCCGUGCAUGCCCUUUGCUCAGACUGGCAGCCAGCCUCCUGCUGACCAGCGUGUGGACAGCAACACUGCUGCGUCCAGCCCUAUGACACCUCAUCCUGCACAGGCAACACCAUGGUGCUCCGGGGAGGGAAGGACGAUAUGAUCCCGUGAUGCUAACUGUCGCAAACAGAAAAACAUUCCUAGAAACUUGCCAAUGAAGGGUUUGAAUUCUCCAUGAGAAAUGAACUGUGGUUUUUUGUUUUGUUUUGGGGUAUUUUUUCUUCUUAAUUUUAGUUUAAAGGUCUAAUAACAGAUUUUGAGUUCUGCACCUCCUUAUUCCCCCAUCCAGUUAAAGAUGAGAGCAGCCUAAUAUUUAAUUUAGUAAUGUUCCAUAGAGAUGUGUUGCUUUGGAUGUUUAAACAUGGCAAAUGAAGGAGGGGAGAGCUACUGUCAUUGAAUGGGAACAGAGGAGAUGCUGCUGAGACAGAUGGCAACAUCCUGGAGGAAAGGCAGCAAGGCCACAGGCGAGAGGUGGUAGUUAUGCAUCCUAUUGGAUGUACUAGCUAGGAAGAAACUUUGACUCCACUAAGAUUAACUGCAAGGUGACAAUUUAAUGUCAAACCCUCUGUGGUCACUGAUGUCUCGGUAACCUGUAUCAGUUUCUAUGGGUCAGAAACACCUUUGCCUUUCAGAAGGCAGUGCAGCUUAUCUUUGUACCAGAGUCAUUUAAAUCUAACAGUUUCUCUAAUAAACCUUGGCUGCCUACACA